UCACCAAUUGUGUUUGAAAGAUCAAACUAAAUAACUCAAAUUAAUAUCUUCGCAUGUAUAUUUUUUCCAGCAAGACUACAAAUUUUGUUCCUCGAUUAGAAAAUGAUGCUCUUCAUCACACAUCCAUUUAAGAGCGAGCCAGAGAGGGGAGAGAGAGGCCGAUCGAGAGAGAUAGAUGGAAGGGAUGAGAGACAUCGCGAGAUCCUACUACGCGAGAGCAAGCGAGGCCGAGAAAAGAACGAUCAUACAAUUCUUCACGGAGCUUGACAUCGACGGCGACGGAUUAAUAAGCCUGGCGGAGUUCAAGAGGCCGAUCAGCGGCGCGGAAGCCGUGUUUUAUAAGCUCGACGCGAACGGCGACGGGCGCCUCGAUUUCGACGAGUUCCUGUGCCUUUACUACAUGAGUGGGAAGAUGCCGGUGCUCAACUGCGACGGCUGCGCUCAGUUUCUGGUUGGCCCUUACUUCUCUUGCUUGCUUUGCAUUGGGAGAGGCGACAACUCGUACGACCUGUGCUGUUCUUGCUACUGCCGUGGCGCCGAGUUCUCGCAUGAGCACUCGGUCGAGCACAUGGUGGAUCAUCACUCUCAGCUCAUGCUCUUCAGGACUCGCACUGCUUGUGAUGAAAAAGCUCAAAACAAGAAAGAAAUAGAGGAAAUUCGCGAAAUCGCAAGAGCCCUUCACCGAGACAGCUCCCCUGAAGUCCAAGAAUUAGCAAUCGAGUUCUACCAAUCCCUGGACUCGGACGGAGACGGCCGAGUCGAUCUGUCUGAGUUCCUAGCCUUCAUGAGGGAACUAGGCUAUUCCUACAAGAAAAACCCUACUUUAUUCAACGAGCUCGACGUAGACAGCAACGGCACCCUCGACUUCAUCGAGGCCAUGACGCUCCUCUACAUCAUCAAGAGCGGCCGCCCUCAAUGCGACUGUUGCGAAAGAAUCAUCCCCGGUGUAUUCUUCUCCUGCGCUGACUGCUUUAAGAAUCCCGAAACCUCGUACGAUCUGUGCAAGGAUUGCUACGUGAAGGGAAGGUGCGACCAUAGUCACGGCGGCCGGGCUCAGUUUUUGGACAGUCAUACGUUGUUGCAGGCUAUGAGAUAUCCGGAGGUUGCAGAUGUAUCAGGCGUAACAAUUCAUGAGACAGGGAAUAGAUCCACAGAUAUUGCCGUAUCAAACCCAAAGUGGAGCAUAACGAAGGUUGCAUAUACUGCACUUGACAUAGCAUGCAAAGUCGGGGCCAUUUCCAGCGCGGUAGGCUGCACAAUUAUGUGACAAUAUGAGAAAGCCAAAUAAAAUAAAAAUGAAAAGGGCUAAAAAAGUGCAUUUCUUUAUAUUAAUGGUAUUAAACGCGAAUGUUAAUUGGACUACUUUUUUUCUUGUUCAUGUCAUCUUUAUCUAGUAUUUUUGAUGUGUAUGUUUUUUAAUUAAAGUAAGAUAGGACUCUUUGUUAUAGUAUUAUUUACUUUAUCC